AUGUCUGAUAGCCAAAAUGCUGUGGCUCUGGCCGCGACACUGGCCGGUGUUGCUGUAUUUAAAUAUACGUGCUUUGCUUGGAUGUCAUACAAGCAUCGAACUAGACCCUUCGAACUGGUAGGAACGAUAUCCGAGCUGAACGUGUUCCCGACCAAAUCGCUUGGGGGCCUUCGGGUUGACUCGGCUGAAUGCACAACUACCGGCUUAACAUAUCAAGGAGUUACAGACAGACACUGGGCAGUAGCAGCCAGCAAUGGCGUUUACGUCACACAGCGCCAGAUUCCGAAGAUGGCACUUAUUUCCACCAGUUUACAGGAAGACAACAUGCUUCUGGACGCCCCUGGAAUGCCCACGCUCAACAUCCCUAUCAACCCCAAGCAGGGACCCAAGACGUGGGUCUCAAAAAUCAAAAUUAAGGAGGAGUGGUCAUCCUCUCUUGACCUUGGUGAUGAGGCGGCCACGUGGAUGGAUAAAUUUCUCGGCAAGACUGGACUUCGUGUUCAUUUCUCGUCCCCAGAAAUGGACAAACGUGACGCGUCUAACGUCACCAAAUUAUGGGAACACUACGCCAAAAAGGGCGAUAAGCUGGCAUUCUCCGACUACUGUGGCUAUAUGUUGAUGUCGUCAGCAAGUCUUAAGGAACUCAACAAACGCUUGGCUGAGCCAGUGACAAUGCUCAACUUCCGGGCUAACAUAGUGGUCGAUGGAUGUGCAGCUUUUGAUGAGGAUGAUUGGGAUGAAGUCAAGAUAGGAAAUGCAAGCUUCAGAAACAUUGACGCGUGUACAAGGUGUAUCCUAGUAACUGUAGAUCCAUUCAAGGGUGUAAAGAGCAAAGAUGAGGAGCCACUGACAACACUGAAAAAAUUCCGCCUUAAACCACCAUAUGGACCUAAGCCAUGUCUGGGAAUCCAUCUUGCCAUGGAUAGCAAGGACACCAUAAGUGUAGGCGAUGCCAUUUAUGCGAGGAGGAAGCGGAACUAG